CCCCACUCCCUCUCCCUGUUGAAUGUGCCUGGCCAGGUCUGAGGGACUUGGCUGCUCAGCAGCACCAGCAGCGUUGGAGGGGAGGGGGGCGGCGCGCUCGGGUCGGCCCAAGCGCGCAUGCUCCCGGCUUUCGGCGCCCCCGCUCGGGCGCGCUCGGCUCCGUUCGGCUAUUUCCGUCUCUUUGUUGUACUAACUCCCGACCGGAAUAAUUUUUUCCCCUUCUAACCUUCUUCGGGUUCUGUUUCAUAUAUAUCUAUAUAUUUUUAAAAAUCCCCCUCCGAAAAAACCGCCCCGGGGGUCCGAGGGGGAGCGGGCUCCCUCCCCCACCACCCCACCCGCGUGGCCGGCGCCGUCCUCGUUGCUGUUGCUGGUUCUUCUUCCUCCUCCUCCUCCUCUUCCUCCUUCUCCCCCCAGCCAGGUCUCUGGAUGGCAGACUCUGAAAAGAAAUGCAGUUUUAAGAGACCCAGUGACUCCAAAUUCCUAGAUACUGGGAUUCCUGUCAAGCUGCUUUUUUACUGAGCUGAAGUCAGCUGCAGGUUUUAUCAGUCUAAGGUCAUCUCAGCAACAGAUGAAUUCUUACAGUGCAAUCAUCAGAGUGACUGACUUGAGUGGACCUUGAGGAAACCAAUUUCACCUCCACAUUUAUGGUCUAGUUCUCACAAACAGCAGAUGUGAUUGUAAACCUGUGCCUGAAGUGUACUAUUUUAGACUGCCCGUGAAGGCUCACAUGGCUAAAUGUUCUUCCACACAAAAAUAUAUCUUCACACAGAAAACAAGAUAUCCAGAAAGACACCAAAGAUGCUGACGAGGAAGAUUAAGCUUUGGGACAUCAAUGCCCAUAUAACCUGCCGUCUUUGCAAUGGUUAUCUUAUUGAUGCUACCACUGUAACGGAAUGCUUGCAUACCUUCUGCAGGAGUUGCUUGGUAAAGUAUUUGGAAGAAAAUAACACCUGUCCCACAUGCAGGAUAGUUAUACACCAGAGCCAUCCAUUACAAUAUAUUGGUCAUGACAGAACAAUGCAAGAUAUUGUUUACAAACUUGUUCCAGGUCUUCAGGAAGCGGAAAUGAGAAAGCAGAGGGAAUUCUACCACAAAUUGGGCAUGGAAGUACCGGGUGACAUCAAAGGGGAGACGUGCUCAGCCAAGCAACAUUUAGAUUCCCACCGUAAUGGGGAAACAAAAGCAGAUGAGAAUACAAACAAAGAAACGUCAGAAGAGAAACAGGAAGAAGAUAAUGAUUAUCAUAGAAGUGAUGAACAGGUAAGCAUCUGUUUGGAAUGCAACAGCAGCAAAUUACGUGGAUUGAAGAGAAAAUGGAUUCGCUGCUCAGCACAAGCUACAGUCUUACACCUAAAGAAGUUCAUUGCCAAAAAGCUUAAUCUUUCUUCUUUUAAUGAGCUGGAUAUAUUAUGCAAUGAAGAAAUUCUGGGCAAGGACCACACCCUCAAAUUUGUAGUUGUUACGAGAUGGAGAUUUAAGAAAGCACCUCUACUGCUACAUUACAGACCCAAAAUGGACUUGCUGUAAGAACUAUUUUGUCCUUCUGGACUUUUUUUGCAGAGACUAUCAUGGGGCACCUUCUUAGUGCAUCACGCAAUUCACCUGUGACACAGACCAGCAGAAUUCAUUUCCAAAAAUAGUAGUGCUCUCCCAUUCAACCAUCCUGAAUAUUCGCCAAGGGAUGCAUUAACCCAACUUUCUGGACAGAAAAAUAUUUAUACUUUUUUCUACAAAAAUAAAAAAGGAUAUUGCAACUCGAGAGGACACUACCAGCAUGAAGUUUACAGACAUUGAAAACACUUCGCAGUUUCCUGUGUGUAGCUCAGUUCUUGGUCAUCAUCUUGCAAAGAUGCAAAAUAGGUUAAAAUGGUGUGAAGGAGGUGGUUUUAUGAUUCGUUGUUCCCAAGCCACUUCUGUGUUGCUUCACAACUUAAAUCUGGGAAUUUUUUUUGCAAGAUUUUUUGCCUCUUAUGCCUCAUGACCAUCUUUUUUGUUAGUAAGCCCUUCCUAGAUUAUUUAACGUUGACAAAGAUCUAAUGGCUAGCAAAGAAUUUCCUGCAUUACACUGUUCUGGAGUAUACUCCUUUGUUCCUUUGCUGACUCAUUUGAUGAGGUUAUCGGAAGCGUUUCAGUUGUUUCCAUUUUGUUGUGGUUUUAUCAGUCAUCAAAGUGCUGAGCAUUUAGAACAUGGAUCUUGCAUAGCUGGGGGACUGAUAUUGGACUGAGAGAUUCGCCUACCAGUAAAUGAAAUAAGCCUUUAGCAGCCUUAACUACUUGAACUCCAGUAUUGUUCCUUUUGAACAACACACAAAUACUAAUGCUGCAGCACAUUUUUUCUGUGACAUGAGUUAGUAGAUUGACUUUCCUUCUGGUUUCUAGUUUCCCUAAUAAGUCGGUUUUGUUCUCCUGAUUCUCUACUGAAUUAUCUUUAUAGGGGUCAGAUUUAGAUGGCAAUGUGGUACUUCCUGGCCUUAAUCUAUAAAUCUUUAUUUAUUUUUUAAUCCAGCCCCCUAGGAAUGCAUUAGCCCCUCUAAACUAUAUAAGUACAGUCUCUCUCAAUAGAGGAUUGAACAGCUUAAAAAGGUGAAUGCUGCUCUACUUUAAGCAUAGUGAGAUUUUUUUUUUAAGUUUGUGUUCAGAGGUGACUUGUGCAAGUUUGCACCACACACAAAGUGGGUGUGUGACAAACUGCAUGCUAUCCUUCCUUUGCAAAAGGACACGUAAGGUCAUUUAAUUAAGGGACAUGUUGUUGAUUUUAAAUGGUCCAGCAUGGACUGCACCCGAGACCAUGUAUGUGCACUCUCAGUGUUGCAUGUAACUCUACAUACAGGCAUGGUUCUGUUAUCUCUCUUCCACAUGCACAUACAUGCACAGAGGCAUGUGUAUUCUUUGGAUGUACACAAAUCUGCCUUUCCUCCAUCAAGCACCAGCUUGGUUGGGGCUCAUACAUAGCAGGAGAAAGUUGCUCCAGGGACUGGUAGGCAAGAGGCUCCACUUCUUCACUUUCCAUGAUGUUUUGCUGUUCUGUAGUACAUUGCCUUGAGCUAAGUCUUGCCUAUCUCUGUUGCUUAUAAACCCACUGCUGGUUGAAUGAGGUGGGAUUUGGGCACAGAGCAGCCAAAUGAAUAAGCAUCAUGUGUGGGGUGGCAGGGUGAGUUUCAGAGAGACCAGCAGGAAGAUAGAGGAGACUUGAGGUUUCCCCAUACCUUGUGGAAGGUCUUUUCCCACUUUGGGAGGCUUAUGCCUGAGUAGCCAAUAUAUUUAACCCAUUGCAAUAUGCCAAUCUUUGCUACUUUCUUUUUUCUCAGCACUCUUGCUCUACAAUAAUGGGUACAGGUAAAUGGAUUUCUUUUGCGGAGCACGUCCAAGCAGAGUGCCACAAGGAGGUGGUGUGGUUUGGGAUGUGGCCCAAUUAACAAACCCUAUCUAAACGUAGCAGUGCGAGGCUGGAGGUUUUUGUUUUGCUUUGUUGGAUGCUUAUAGGUCUCAGCUAGCAUUCGCUCCUGUUCUCAUUUUCUUGAAUGGAUGAUUCUUGCAUCUUCCAUCUCUUCAGUUAGGAAUAAAACAAUUCCCUUUCCUAGUCCUGGUCUCCACUUUCAUCAACUAGAAUAAACAUUCAUCACACACUUUCUCCCAACCAUUGUCCUCUAUGCCUUCUCCUCCUCCUCUGGCUCCUCCUGUCAGCAUGUUAAUAUGUUGGAAGCCCAUCCCUUCAAGGUGAGCUGUGUGACCUUCCUGAUUUCUAAUUUUAUAAUGGCAAUUCUGAAUAGGUGGAAGUCAAAGGAGUCAGUUAGGGGAACAAAGGGGAAAUGGGAGCAAGCAGGAAAUGUUAAGAUGAAUAUAUGAUAUUUGGCUUAGUAGUAAGGGGGGGGGAAGACACUGGACUCCCUUUUGGUACAAAGUUCUCCAGUGCAAGCCCUGUUGAAAUAAAUGUGAGAUGCAAAGAUAUCACUAAACAGUAAGGGCACUUACCCUGAUCACAGGAGAAUUUUCCAUUGGAUAGUUGCUCUUAAAAUUGUAGCUUCUGCUUCUUAGUAAGGCCAUAUUUCUGUAAUAAGCAGUUACUUAUUUCAUGCUAACGUAUUGCUUGCCAUUGUUCAGAAAGUAUCUUCCAAGAUUAAAAAUAAAAACAUUGGUCAAUGGAAGACUGUAGCUUUGUGGACUCUAUGGGAAUGCAUGAGGUCCCUGCAAACGGAACAGCCUUACACUUAAGGUUUCCCCCCAAAUUUACAGGUUAUGUGGUGCUAUCAGAAAACAUAUUGGCUAACAUUGCUUGGUGAGCCUUAAGCUUGGAGCCCUGUCCAAUACCCACUUGAUUCGAUUAAUCUUUUAGAGGGUUUAAUGACCAUAUACAACUCUUCAGUCUACCUCAGACUAGAUACACAGCUGAAUUGUAUGACCAAUGCCAUCUUAAAAUACAGAAUAUAAAUAUCCUGUGUAACUUAAACUGAGGGAUUAAAUAGUAUCAAGAUGCAAACUUCAACCCCACAACUCUUGACUGCAACAGUCUACAGAAUCUGUAUUGCUAAGUUUCUAGCAAAUUUUUGAAUCACUUGAAUUUGAUACGGUGCUAUAUAAAUAUAUUUAAAUAUAUAUCUAGGCGGGUGCAUGAAACCAAAGCCAGCAGUUGACACCUAAGCUGGUUUUGUUGCUCAUAAAUGAGUGUUUAUCUCUGCUUUUAUAAUAGCCUGAUGAAAACAAUGUUGGCAGAAAAUAUUUGGUUUCUUUAUUUCUUUCUACACGCUUCUUAGAAUACGUUUCUUUGUAUGGAAACUGUUCCUUGGGCUGUGUUAGUUCCAAAGACCUAGCUGGCUUGUUUUAUCAGAAAAACUUCAGUGAAUACCAACAGAGCAGAUCCUUGUGAUAGAAAUUGUCUCUCUUCUGUGAAGCUUUUAAGGGGCAGGUUGCACAAUGAUUAUGUUGGCAAAACAUUCUGUUGAUCUUCUGGCUUUAGGUCUUCAGAUCACAUUCAGCUUAAGUGGCUUGGAUAUGCUUGGGCCACAUAUUUAGUCAAUUAAGCGAUAAAUAAAGUUACUGUGAAGUUGGUUUUUUUAAAUGACUGCUUACCGCUGGUAAAUAAAUGCAGUAAAAUUAUCUUGUUGCAUUAUCCUCGGCAACAAGAAGACAAGCAUAACGCAGGUUCAUGGUCUCGCUUGGUAUAAUUUUCUUUUAAAAUAGAGAAAUCAGAAUAUAUAAUAUUGAAUUUUAAAUAAGAUUUGGGGGUUUAAAAGUUAACUUUAUAAAAUUAUUUAUUCUAUUUUAAGCCUUCUAUCUUACUUUUUACCAUUUAAGUAUUUUUUUGUUUUUGUUUCAAUGGUCCAGCUUUAUUUAUGGGCAUAUAAAAUGAAAUUGUGAGAUGUUUUUUACAAGCUUCUUCCUUCUUUUUGUGAGGGCCAGAUUCGAUGCUGCACUAAAUGAGUGGCUGCAACCAAAAAUGGCAUCUGCAUGUCUAGUUCACCCCCCUGUUGUAAUGUUCACAAUGACUUAUCCCUGCUCUCAUGCCACUUUGCAUCUCUUUGCACCCUUCUGGAAACAGCCAAUGCUGGUGUAAAAUGGAGAACGCUGUUACAUGAGACGCUAGUAAGUUGUACUAGUUAUUACAGAGCAACAAGGGGGAGGAUACAGCUGUGAUUAUGUCUGAUAGCAGCUGCAUAUUUAGUGAAACAUUUCGUUUGGCCCCCCUUUGAUUUUUUGUAUGUUUUUGUUUUGUAUGGAUAAAGAGCAUUACUUUAUGCUUUUUGUGCAAUAGGUUUGGAACAUGCUUUUGUUAGGCAUACUUUUUUAAAUUGUAAAUGUAGCAUCUACUAACCACAGAUGAAAAGGAAUGUAGGUGGGUUUAAGUGUACAUUCAAAAUGGGCUCUUCUGUUUUUGUUUUUUCUUCCUUCCUGGGAUUUUUUAAAGAGUGACAUUUGGGAGUUGUGUCUGUGUGCAAGAACUACCUGUCAGCAAUAUUUUAAAAAUGAUUUGGCAAGAACUCUUAAAUGUAAAAUGUGGAAGUAAUUGGCAAGACUUGCAGCCUGAAUUUUUUUGUGUGCCAUUAAAAUGUCUGGUAUUUCUCUCUCAUUUGUUAUACCAUUUAACCUGGAAAUAUUUAUUUCUUAGUGGUUGUGCAAUGCUCCAGAUGCAAACUCUAACCUCGGAGGAGAAAUGCUAUCGUUUUAAAAUAUUAGACUUCAAAAUACGAUGGUGCUAUUUUUUUCCUCAAUAGAAUUUGAGCCUUUUGAAAGUGUAUCUGGCUCUUAUUGUUUUCAUAACAAUCUAAUUAGUCUUGAGAGAUUCAUUGUCCUGUUUCUUUUCCAAUGAAUGACAAAUCUAUUAGCCUAGCCUAUUUGCAAUGAUUUGAAACUGAGCUGUUAAGUUUAAAUGCAACAGGAGAAAGCCAACCAGUUCUACACAAUACACAAUAACUCUUUGAUAACUUUGUAUUUUAAGCAGUACAUAAAAAUGUAUUUACUGCAGACAGUUAAAACUGUAUUUUACAGAAAAAUUCUGUUUCUGUAUUUCCUCAGGUAAUUGCUCCAGUUUUAACACUUCACGUGAUACCUUAACUUAACAUAUAUCUGUUUGUGUGUCCUCAGAUUUAAAAUGUGAAAAGAUGAGGCACACAGGCAGACCACUGCAUGCCAGAAUUGCAAGUGAACAUAUUCACCUUGUCAAAAAGUGCACAGGGAACACACCAUUUUUAUUAAGAUGCAUACCAUUGGCUUGCAAAUGCCCUUUCCACUUUAAGUGGAAGUGGUGGAAUUGGUUUCUAACGCUAAAAUUGGCUCUUAUUUGAAUUUGAACUCCUCUUUUUAUUGAGAUCAAACUGUGUCCUGAAAGAGUCUCACAAAGACCAGAACUACCUAGGUCUGAGUUCCAGGGUCUCUGCUGAACAGCUGCAAAUUGGCUGAGAAGAUGGUUAUUUGCAAUGGAGGAAGGGGAUGCGUGUGUUCCAGAAUAAUUUCCCCCAUCUACCACUUGCCUCCGCAACACUGCAAGCAUGCUUCCGGAACACUGGAUUGUGGGGAAAAAGUGGUACUGGAAAUGUUAAGCGCGUUCUUCCACCCACUUCUGCUUUGCUACAAAUGGCUCCCUUGGUCUGCUGUUUUGCAGCUCUUUGACCAAUAUCUGGGUUCCAGACCUUGUUCUGUUGCUGAAUGUGUAGUUCUGGCCAAUGCAUCUGUCUAGAGAUCUAUUGAUGUCUGUGGUAAUUGAACCUAUCAAGGAUGCUUGUGGGUCAACCAUCCUCCUAAUGGCUUUGUGUGAAAGGGCACAUUUACUUGUGUGAGGAAAAUUAACUAAGGUGCACUGUGCACACCCACUAGGGAUGGGGGAUUGCAGAAUACCUGCAGAAUAACCUAUUUAAAAGGCAAUGGCCUGUACACCAGCCAAGCGACAGGACAAGUGUCAACAAUACCAUUCAUUUACCACAAGAUAAAUUUAGGGUUAUGGGACAAUAAGCCAGUGCAACCGUUUAAGCCUUUAUCCUCACUAUGUGGCAUAAUAAAGUUACUGAAAAUCUUGCCGUAUUAAAAAAGAAAUCAUAUUUUUGGCUUGGUUUCAUUUGAAAGUUUACAUUUUUUUACGCUUUGUGUUGCUGUGUAACUUUUGUACUAUUGGUGGCUAGUUUUUGUCUGAAUAAGCCUUUUUGGGGAUUAUUGCUUAAUGUUUUGAUUUUAUGAUAUAGUGAAGCUUGUAUUCAGUGUUCUGCCAAUUAAUA